CUGCAAGUAGACAACUGUAGGCGCAGAAGAUAUUGUGCAAACUUCGAAACUUGAACAAACUAGUGCACUAAGAAAUGAAGGUGCUAAUUUAUUUUUCUAUUACUUUUCUCCCAAUUCUAGCUUUGACAUAUACAUCACGUGAAGAAAGAGACGACUACUUCCCGGACGAUAUCCUUACCCCAUAUGGAGAUCACCUCAGAACCAAACGCAAUCACAGAUAUGUUCGAGACUGCCAGCCAGUGGAAUUUGGAAAUACUACUCAUGAAACUUUCAAGGUAUCCACCCGUCUAACAUCGGGACAACCUUUUGUACAGGUGCAUAAUUUAUAUCAUGAAUUUACGAAAAAUUUCCAGACUUUGAACGUUGUUGGACACGUUGUAACAAUAGAGGACCCUUUCCGAACGUUUUCGGUUCUAGAACCGAAGCUAAUUGGGGGUUGCAAUACAUCAACAAGAUCAACAGUCUCAGAAUCUGCUAGACAGCGGAAAUGCUGGGUAUCUACAAAUGCAGGGUAUUUUAGAACUCGAGACGGUAAGUGUUAUGGAAAUGUCUUCAGCGAUGGACGAAAGGUUAUGGAUUCAGGCGGUGUCCAAAAUGCAAAUUUCGGUAUUCGACAGGAUGGUACACUUGUUGUGGGAUAUUUGUCCAAGGAAAUGGUCGACCAGAAAGAGAAUCCAUUCACUCAGCUCGUCUCGGGAGUGAUUUGGUUAUUACGGAAUGGCUCGAGUUAUGUGGACGAAAGCAAGAAAGCAGAAUGUCGUGACGUGGAGGAAACAGGCUCGAUGGACUUGUUUGCAGAUGUUGUGUCCGCGAGAACCGCAUUAGGACACGAUAAACAUGGGCGAGUGAUGAUUGUUCAAAUUGAUGGGAAAACCCACCACAGAGGGAUUGAUCUUUACAAUUUUGCCAACUUCCUGUUGAAGCUUGGCUUAGUGAAUGCUAUUAACCUUGAUGGUGGAGGUUCAGCAACAAUGGUAGUAAAUAACACUGUUAUUAACUACCCAUCUGACGAAUGUGGGGAGUUCACAUGCUCAAGAGAUGUGUCCACAAUUGUGUGUGCUCAUGAACCUGACUGUGUGUCUAAGGAUUGUAAUGGUCAUGGACAGUGUGUGAUGGGCCAAUGUCUCUGUGACAGUCACUGGACAGGAGAUUCUUGCGAUGUUUUAAAAUGUCAACAGCAUAAUUGCUCUUCAAAUGGACAAUGCUCUGCAGAAGAUGGUUGCUUGUGUUUUCCUGGUUGGAAAGGAGAGAAUUGUAGUGAAGCUUGUCCUUUGGGAUUCUUUGGAUUGAACUGCAGCAGGGAGUGUCAUUGUGAGAAUGGUGGAGUGUGUGACCCACUGGAUGGACAUUGUAUUUGCACUCCAGGAUGGAUGGGAACAUUCUGUCAGCAGCGGUGUUUCCAUGGUUCUUAUGGACAGAACUGUUCAAACAUUUGCAAGUGUCCUAAUACCUGUGACUGUGAUCCAGAAACUGGCGAGUGUCCCACAGACAACAACGACACUAUGCUGAAUACUACUCAGAGAUGGCUGCAAUGCAAGUUAGAUUCAAAGAUGAAAGUAAUCUCACUGAAGGCCAAUGUAAGGCAAACCAACAAUGCAAAAGCAUCAGAUGUGGCCGAAAAAGAAUUCAGUAAGCUGUUUGUUUGGUUUGUGGCAGUGAUCAGUCUCUGUGGGAUCAGCUUAUUAGCUAAUCUCUUUCUGAUAUACCUGGCAUGUAAUCAAGCCACAAGGAGGGCUGUCUGGAAAUACAGGAGAGGAGAACAAGAGCUUCUUUUUAGUGGCGAUGAUGAUGAUGACGCUUUGUGAUAAAGUGCCAAUAACAUUAUUAAUGUUACAAUAUGUCAAUUAUGGUAGCAGUUAAAAUGUGCUGCCAAUUCCUAUCUUUACUUGAUAAAAUUACUUUUAACCAGUAGUACAGUCCUGCUAUCUUGAACUCUUAAGGGAAUGAGGGUGGUGAAUGGUUAAUGCAAGACUUUGCAAGAAGGUAAGACUGGACCUUACCAAGACUUUAAAGUGUUUUAAAUGUAAACCCAAGACAUUCAGACAUCAUUUGUAAAAUAAAAAACAAAACUGGUACGCUGAGACUUUCUUAGCCUUGCUAAAAAUCGAGAAGGUGAGAUGCUUUGUGAAAAAAUCUUGACUGUGAGAGGCACAUAACCACUAAAAAAGAAAGACUGUGAGACCUGUGAAAUGCAAUGAAAAUUUUGGGAGACCCAUUAAUGGCCCAGUAACCCCUCUUAACGUUAGUUCCAGAUGUUGGGGCUAAUUCCUAUCUUUAUAGUGUUAGUCAAUAGUACAGUCAACUCAUACCUUGUCAAACUCUUAGAGAAACAAGAAAAAGUUUGAGAUGUUGGGGGUGCGAGAUAGGUAAUAAUCAAGUGAAGCCUUGGAACCGACUGGCUCAUAGUUGCCGAAGCUUAUCCCGGUUUCUGUAGCAUCAAGCGGCUAGGAGUAUUUCUACUCCCCCUGGAUGGGAUGCUAGUCCAU